CAGACACUGAGACUUUAACUGUAACACACAGCCUCUUACACACAGGAUCUGACCACAGAUCAGACCCAGAGAGACUGGGGCUGGGGAAACUGGGCUGUCCUCAUGCUCCCGGCUCAGAGUGUUUACCGGUAUUUCACCAGAGCCAGUGGAUGGUUUAUUCCCGUGGUGAUGGUGACACAUUACACUCUGGCGGUGAUGAUCCGUCUUGUUCUUACGCUACAGAGAUGGACCCUGGCAACAUAUCCUUGGGUUUAGAGACACAGACUGAUCUGUCUAGAGGGGACUGGAACCGGUACAGUAGUAGUGUAUAUUCUGAAGGGUCCAUAGAAAGAAAUAAGAAAGGGGAGGGUCUGGUCGUAGAUGAGGUCACUGUGAAAGUGGAGGGUGACUCUCCUCUGACAUGGAAUGCAGACGAGACUCACUUAGGAAAAGGACACUUGCAGGGCAACACCAGUGACUUCUUAGACUACAGGGAAAGCUUAGAGACAAAUCUAAAUGUCACGACCCACUCAACUUUACACACGUUCAAGGAUCGCGACCCAGUGUCCACGUUGAUGGGGCCUUCCGAUUCACACGGCUGUGUCGUUUUCGAUCAGGUAUUGAACUCAAACGACAGGGCUAGAGCCCAGACUCAGGGAGGGAGAGCAACAUCGGGCAAUAGUAAAGAGAAACGGUUCCUCUGCAUGUUCUGUAACAAAGGCUUCAGCUGCCUCCAGAAGGUAGAGAUCCAUCAGAGGAUCCACACAGGGGUGAAACCCUACAGCUGUACCCAGUGUCACAUGCGCUUCGCCCAGGCUAGCACCCUGAAGAGGCACCAGAGGGUCCACACAGGGGUGAAACCCUUCAGCUGUACCCAGUGUCACAUGCGCUUCGCUCAGGCUGGUGACCUGAAGAGGCAUCAGAGGGUCCACACAGGAGAGAGGCCGUUCGCCUGUACUCACUGCGGGAAGAGGUUCUCAGAGAGGAGAUACCUCAAGAUACACCAGCAGAAAAAACAUUAGACUCUAUAACAUAGAAAGUCACCAUUCCACUCGAUAGCUUCUGACGUUUAUAAUAAAGUCAGAUACAUUUUUAUUGUCAGAUGAAAAAAUCCACAGAUGCAUUUGGAAUAACGAGAGUAACAGAUUUCAGUGUUGGAUAUUCCUGGGUAGAAUGUUGCAUCCAGACAUUGUGUGAUAUACAAUGCCUUCAGAAAGUAUUCACAUUACUUGACUUUCUCCAAAUUUUGUUGUGUUACAGCCUGAAUUUAAAAUGGAUUAAAUUGAGAUUUUGUGGCACUGGCCUACACACAAUACACCAUAAUGUCAAAGUGGAAUUAUGUUUUUGAAUUUUUUACAAAUUAAUAAAUGAAAAGCUGGAAGUUCUUGAAUUAAUAAGUAUUCCACCCCUUUGUUAUGACAAGCCUAAUAAGUUCAGGAGUAAAAAUCUGCUUAACAAAUCACAUAAGUUGCAUGGAGUCACUGUGUGCAAUAAUAGUGUUUAACAUUUAAAAAAUUACGACUACCUCAUCUCUGUACCCCACACAUGUACAAUUAUCUGCAAGGUCCCUUAUAUGAGCAGUGAAUUUAAAGAACCGAUUCAAGUGUUGUUGGAAUAAGUAUAUACACAAAUGUACAGUGUAAAUGUUUGAGGUCCUGCAAUCAGGGAUGGGGAUGGAAUUACUGUAUGUUUUGCCUUGCCAGCAUCUCGGGCCAGUGAGUGCGAACGCACCCUCUGGGAGCGGCCAUUUGUGUUGUCUGUAUUGUUGUUUUAAAUAAAAAAAGGAAAACAUAU